UCCUGAUUCGUCAGGCGAGUCGAAUUGGGCGGGCAUUUCCGGCGGGGCUGAGGCGGAAGCGGCAGUUCUGAGGUAGCCGCCGUAGGGAUGGGGUCGAAGGAGUUGGGGUGCGUAGUGGAGCUGCCCCCGACCCCGCGGGAGAGAAAUGCUGAGUCCGGUGCUGCAAAGAGAAGUAAAGGCAAUCUGCCCGUGGUGAUACUGCUUGGGUGGGCUGGCUGCAAGGAUAGGUACCUGCAGAAAUACAGCACCAUCUACCUUCAGGAGGGAUGUGUAGUGAUCCGCUAUACGGCUCCUUGGAGAUUGAUUUUCUUUUCAGAAUCCUUGGGUAUAAAUUCCUUGCAGAACUUGGCAAAGAAGCUGCUGGAGCUCCUCUUUGACUACAAAGUAGAGACGAAGCCCCUGCUCUUUCAUGUCUUCAGCAAUGGAGGUGUCAUGCUGUACCGCUACAUUGUGGAGCUUCUUCACACUCACCAGCAGUUCCAGCAUCUAAGGGUGGUGGGUACUGUGUUUGACAGUGCUCCUGGCAGGAAGAAUCUGCGGGGUGCGCUUGGUGCCCUCUCAGUUGUCCUAUCGUCAUACAAUGUAUGUGUUAAGUAUGCCCUUUUACUGACAUUUGCAGUUCUGGUGGUGACAUGGCGGAUGGUACUGUAUCCUGUGACCCGCUUUGUACAUGAGAGCCACUAUGAUGCCAUGUCGAAGCAACUCUCUAGAUGGCCUGAGCUAUACCUCUACUCCAAGGUGGAUUCUGUUAUUCAAGCAAGUGAUGUGGAGAAUAUGAUAGAGGCUCGGAAGCAGCAUCAGGUCCUUGUUAAGGCUGUGGACUUUGUGGACACUGAUCACGUCAGCCACCUGCGAGCAUAUCCCACCUUAUACACAACUCAUUGCACCUCCUUUAUGUACAAUUGCAUUGGGAGCACUUAGGCUCACUUGGUGGCUGAUGUGAAGGUAUUAGUAUCUGCCUGUUCUCCCACUAAUAUUAUACUCUAGUCUAAACCGUUCAUCAUUGCUUUUGAUAAAAUUCUGUAUUUCUCUGAACCUGAAUGUCUGAAAUUGUCAUAUAGCUGAGUAGCAGAGAGUGGGACUGUAGGAUAAAUAUUUUGCAAUAUAUUCAUUCUUCUUGACUUUGGCUCAUGGGCUUUGGAAAGUACUCUAAUAGGCUGUGUGUUAUCUGUGCAUUUAAACAUGCACAAUUGUGAGCUAAGAAAAACAAAAUUCUGCAACUUUUAUUUAAGUAUACACAUUUGCAUACACUCAUUUGGUAUACAGUGUAUACAGUGGACCCUCUGGAUACGAACUUAAUUCGUUCUGGGGGUCCUUAUGUACCCCGAAAAGUCCGCAACAUGAGGCGCCGCUUCUGCGCACAUGCACAGUGCAAUAGAGCACUUCUGUGUGCAGUGUGCAGAGCACUUCUGUGCAUGCAUGAAGUGCGUAGAGCAUUUUUGUGCAUGCGCGUGCAGCGGGUUUGCAACCCAAAAGUUACGUUACCUGAAGGUAACGUAACCCAAGGGUCCACUGUAUUUUAUCCUGCUUCUCCUGAUCGUGGGGAACAAGGACCUGUACUGGGUGCUGAAGCCCGUCCCUAACUAUUUGAAAUCUUAUAUAGCUUCCUGUUUGGUUUCUGAGAUUUUAGUAAGCACUGGCUCUCAAAUGUACCUGUGGCUGAUAUUAAAUUCUGUGUUUUUGAUGUAUGUAGAAUUUAAAUGUAAAACCCUGCCGAUGUUCAUUUCAUCUUUCCAUCAACUUCUUCCACCUCUUCAAGGUUUCACCUUGUGAAGCAAAAUCAGUUCCUUUCUGUGCUGCUGUAUACAACUCUGCAGUUAGUUGAUCCACCACCAUCUCUGGGCUGCUUUUCUCCCUCUUAUACUUGCCUUGUGGCCAAGUACUUUUUAGCUGAGGACAGGAGGAGGCUUCUUGUGAGUUAAAGCCAGGCUAGUGACUUCAUAUUAUCAACUAAGCUAUAAACUAUAGCACAGAAUUAAAAGGACAUAUCUAAAGUUGUGCAUAUCUCUUUUCUGGAUCUGUCUUCUGCAUUGCAUUUAUGAAAUCACACUCUUUUAUUCCAUAUUGAUCCAGGAAAACUUGCUAUAACUUUGGUAACAGUACGGAGGAGGGGUGGUGAAACAUUCUUUGCUGUCUUGUCUUGUGAGUACAGAGGUGGCUAGAAAGUUUUCUAGUAUCUAAUCCAUUUUACAUUAAUUUGAUCAUGUGUCCAUUGUUGAAAUUCUUAAAAUAGUGAAGGGUAUUCACUGAAGUUCUAGCCGAGCUGCUGUAGCUAAUUACUAUGUUUCAAAUGGGUGGGUUUACCCAUCUUGCUGUCAGUUUCCAUGUGUCUCCCCUAUCAAUGGGUCAAUAGCUCAGGGUAUUUUGCCCCCAGUUCAUAACUGUGUACUGGGGAAAUAACUGGAGAGGAAAACAUGUUGCUGUUUGAUAUGUACUAAAGUGUUAAGAUGAUAACAAGCUAGGUGACUCAGAAAUAAUAGGUGAUUAGAUCUAAACCUUUAGUGAGACUCCUGAAGAAUAAGGGUUUUAAAGCCUUAAAUAUAAAUAGUCCCUCAGUUGCCCUAGCUGCAGAUGUGGUAUUAGGAGAUUUUAAGGCUUCUCUCAAAUAGAUUUUACAGGUAGUGCAUUCAUACUUUAUCUGUUAAUAACAAAAACCCUAUAUUGCCACCUUUGUUGAAUGCAAUUCAUUUUACUGCUGCUUUCCCACAAUAUUGUCACAGAGUGGAAGAACUGAGCUGUUUGCACACGUAUAGAAAAAGAGACUGAAAUCUAAUUCCAGGAAUCACACUGUAGCCUUUAAUUAAAAAUAUGGCUUUCUAAUGUUUGCAGAUGCAUUUAUGCUGAAUAAUACAAAAUGGGCAUCAUGGUGUUGUGUUUUAAUGUCUUAUUCGUUCUGAUACACUGGAUGUCAGAUUUGGACUUCAACCAGAUGGACUUUAGUUCAUGUGCUUACAGAGCAAACCAGUUCAUUUUUUGCCCUGAAAUAGGAGUUAAGUCCUGUUGAAGUUACUAAGAUUGAAGUUACUAGGAUUGUAGCCUCAACUGUGAAAAUCUCUGUGUAACUUUGGGCCAGUCACAACAUUUUUGUCUAACCUACCUCACAGGGUUGUUGUGAGGACAGAAUAAGAUAACUUAUGAAGAUCUUUCUAAAUUGUA